AUUUAUUGCGCAGACGACAGUGUGAGGUGAAAUUGGCAAUGGAAUAAGUUGAAAUUAUACAAAGUGUUUGACUUCCUUUAGAGAAUUUAAGCUUCGACAAAAUUUGUUUUUAACGCACAUAGAUGAAAAAAUAUAAAAGACGAAGUCAAGGAUAAUUUGACAAAGCAGUUACAAGAAUGAUCGUAAACACGAUAAUCAAAUUUGCGUUUCCACUGUGCUGUAUUAUGUACGCGGAGAGUAAAACUGUUGAAGUUCUUGGUGCGGGAGCUUCUUUUCCGAGUGCAGUCUAUACACAGUGGAUACAUUCCUACAGACGACACCGUGUCCGCCAUGUUGAUCUUUAUAUGAGAUACGACAGUAUCGGAAGUGGUGGCGGAAAAGCCCGAAUCAAAGGGGAGCAACUCCCAAAGGUGCAUUACGCAGGGUCCGACAUUUUACUCACAGAUGAAGAGCAAAGAGCAAACCCUGAUCUUAUAACGUUUCCAACAAUGGCAGGGGCAAUCGUAAUAACAUACAACAUUCCCGGCCUCAAUCGUCUAAACUUAGAUAUGGAAUCUGUUACAGCGAUAUAUAACGGAACUCUUACAAAAUGGAACGAUCCUAUGAUAGCAAAAUUGAAUGCGGGAACACUACUACCAGAUGUAGAAAUAAUCGUCAUUGCCAGAGCGGACAAGUCGGGAACGACAAGAGCUUUCACUUCCGGUUUGUCGUCGUUUAGUCCUGACUGGAAAACUACGUAUGGAACAUUCUCAGAGGGUCGUGAUAGAAACACCAUGCAUUUUACCAAGUGGAAAAACGAUGUUGUCAAAUUCUUUGGGCAAGGAAACCGUGGAAUGUCCGGGCUAAUACUUUCCAUCGAUUAUACAAUUGGUUAUAUUGCCAUCGCGGACGCCAUUUCAUCAGGACUACAAUAUGCGAGACUCGUAAAUAGUGCUGGCAAUUUAAUAAAUGCAACUGAUGACACUGUCCAAAACUCUAUUGUAUCAGCAAAUGGAUCUUACGACAUAACAAACACACCAGGGGAAUUUGCAUAUCCACUCGCAUCAUUUACAUACUUCAUUGUACAAAGAACUGGACUGACAGACUGCGAUGCAGCAACUGAAUUGAUUCGUUACAUCAACUGGUUUUAUUUUACGGACUCGGCUAAGAAUAUAUUGAUAAGCCACAAUAUGGUACCGAUGGAUAAUUAUUCCGCAACGGAAGUCGUGAAUAAAGUAAUUAAAGGUAUAACAUGUAGAGGUAAUAACGUAUGGACACUCAUGCUGCAGCAGAUUGAAGAGGAGAACAAAAUCAUGGAGACCAAAUCGUGGCAGCUCCCUGUUCUACUGACUUUUUGCAUUGUUCUUGCAGUUGUAACUGGCCUUGGUGUACAUUUUGGUCGACAGCAAAUUUUCAUUCAUAGAGAACUACUUAAAGAUUCGUGGAGAAUUGAUGAACGAAUGAUAUCUCUAGAUAGGGACACACUGAUUGAUGGCAAAAUGAACGGCAGCGAAUCACGUAGCUCUUCCAUGAAGGAUGAUCUACUGAUUCAUGAAGAUAUUGUCUUCACUCAGAACUGCCCCACAAUAUAUCAAGCCUGUGUGGGCGCAUUUAGGGAUCAACCGAUAACAGUGAUAAAGAUGAGAAAACAUAACAUUGACUUCACACUUGCAGUGAAAAAGAAAUUGAUUUGGAUGCGAGAUGGUAUCAAACAUGCAAACGUUCUGCCGUUUUUUGGUGUAACAAAGCUUGAUGGAAGGUGGAAUAUGGUACACCAUGAAAUCUUCCUAGGUUCCUUGAGUCAUAUUCUUAAAAGUGAGAAAAUAGAAAUUCACACGGAAGGGCUGAUUGCAUUAUCUAAAUCGCUUGUAAAUGGUUUGUUGUACCUACAUCGGAAAGGAAUAGUGCAUGGUCAUCUUACAGGAAUGAAUUGCUUGAUCGAUACUUCAUGGGAACUUCGGAUAGCAGGGUGGAUAGAAUCGAAUAUUGAAAAUUCCACUAAACCUUUCCACAACAAAAUUUCAUCAGCAGAAUCUGUAAUCGAGGAGGACAAAAUAUCACUUCUGUGGGUUGCACCGGAAAUUGUAAAAUUCAGGCGGGCACCUACACAAACAUCAGAUAUUUACAGUUUAAGUAUGGUAUUUCAGGAAAUGUUUACAAGAAAACAGCCUUACUAUGAAUUGUCAAUGACUACGGAAGAAAUUAUUAAUGCUGUUUUGACAUGCGGUAUACGUCCACAUUUUUCGACUGAAACUCCAUUGAUUUUUCAAUCAAUUAUGGAGCAAUCCUGGGAAAUGGACCAAGCCGCACGACCAAAGUUAGAGACAAUUUACAACUCAAUAAAAGCAGCUUUCCCAUCGAAAUAUUCAUUUUUGGAUUGCGUGAUUCGUUCUGUUCAGUCCUAUGCACGAAAACUUGAGGAAAAAAAUAAAGAUCAAGAAUUUGAAUUGAAUGAGCUGCGCGAAAAGGUUCGACUUCAAAUGACCCAAAAUAUGCCAUUAUCUGUUGUAAAUAAGAUAAUAACAAAAACCAAAGUAGGCCCGGAAGUCAAAGACGGUGUCUGUGUUUUAGUAUGCCGGCUUGCAAACAUAUCAACAGAAAUAAAUAACAUAACUGCUUAUGGACUUGUGAAUGUUCUCAACACGUUCUACACCGGUACAGAUCAGUUAUUACUGGGGAAAGACAUAUACAGGUUGAAUAGAUGCUGUACUGAAUCGACCUUCAUUGUCGGUCUAACGAGAAAGGAAAACAUGGAAAGUGCAAAGAAGGUAAUUGUGAAUGCGGCUUCCGUGGCGUUACAAUUAAACACAUUUGCUGACAAAAUCAAUAAAGAAAAUAAUACUUAUACAAACUUGGAUUUAAAAUUACAAACUGGGUUAGCGGGAGGUUCAGUGAUUGUCGGAUUUAUUGGAAAUGUAUUUCCACAGUAUGUGGCAUUUGGAGGUGUCAUAGAAGAGUCAUUAGAACUAGCAAGGAAUGCACAUCCGGGUGAAAUAGCAAUAUCCGGGCAUGUUCAUUCCUGUUUAAAGGAUAUAGAGUCAAUAAAAACAAAAGUGUGCAUACGGAAAGAAAUUACCAGCUAUACAUUAGAAACUUGAAUCACAGACAGUUUUCAAAGGAUAAGUGACUUGACAUCAGCAGCUAGCAGAUAUUAAUGCAUUUCAGAUUUCAUUUAAUCCAAGGACACUUCAAAGAACAUAUCAUAUCAACAAGACAGUUAAUAUAACUUUAACUCUUACAACGUUAAAUAUCUUCUUUUUUUACAAAAAUAUUUAUCAUUUUAGGGAAAUUGUCAAAAAACUUAUUAACUCAAUAGCGAACAGUGCAGAAUAGUUUAAAUUUAAAUUUAAAUUAAUUAAUUUGUGUUUUGUUUUUUAUUUAUGAUGAAAACAACUUAAUAAAUCUGCAAUCAAAAGAAAAAACAUAAAACAAGGUAUGUUAUCCGAUGAGACACAAUACUCGUGGCACUGAUCUGUCAUUUUCGCCGCUGAAUUGAAUGGUUUAUUUUUGCUGGUCCUUUGGGAUAAUCAGGUAGUUUCAAUACACUGAUUUUAAAGUCAAAUACUGCUUAAUGCUUAAACCGGUGCUAGGGUGCAUGAGAGAUGUCUUACCGAUGAGUUUCUCUUUUGAACAAAAUCGAUUAUACCAAGUAUAAAAUUUUCGUAUUAAUGAGUUUGUUUUUGGUUGUCUCGAAGGAGCCUCAAUCUUUCUGGACUUUUUUAUAUUGAGUACCGCUCAAGCAUGUCAAGCCGGUUCUAAGGGGCCUCAGGGAUGUUGCACUUUUUCAUUAUCCUUCAUAUACAGACUCAAUCAAACUGAGUCGUUAUUUUGUUGUGAUUAUGCUUCCGAGGAAUCGAUAUUUUUCCGGAUUUUUUUUACAAACACAAACCAUUCCUCCAAGUUUGAUAUUAAUGGGGCUCUAAGUUAAAUGUGUUAAUCUUUCAUGAGACAAAAGUUUAGUAUACACUGAUCUACCAAGCUGAAUACUUAGAGGAUAGUAUGUACAGCCAGGUAAGGGUGAUGUCGACUUUUGCAAUGUUGUACAAUAAAUUUGUUGGUGGUUUUCACUCCGGAUCACGACAGUUAGCCACAUUGAAUUUACCAGAGCACAUUUAAGCCACCGCAUCUUACUAGGCAGGCUGUCAAGUAGUUUACCAGUACAAGUAGCCUUCACUUUUGCAAAGACAACCGCAACGAAAGUGAACUGAACGUCCGGAAAUCGAACCCAGAUCACCAGAUUCACAGUCAAACGCUCUAUCUAUUUAGCUCUAUCGUAAUAGAAACCAAGAAUUUGUUAUCUUAUUCAUAGUUUAAUCCUUCUUCAUAAUGACCUUGAGAUGCCCUUUAAGAUGUUAAUUAUGGGAAUCUUUCACAAGUAUUUAAGCAAUUUAGUCAUCAUAUUAUACGAUCAAUUAUUUUCACCGUUUUUGAUGACCUGUCUCAUAUAUCAUAGUAAAAAAACUGAAACAAAUGUCUCUUAAAAUGAGAAGAUGUUCUGUGAAAAUACUUCUUGUUAAUGGGAAAAAUAAAUUAAUAAUAUUGUCCAUACUUAAUCAAGCACGCGGAAAAUUUGAUUUUUAUAUUAGAAAUUACGCAGAUCUUGAUUGAAACAAUCAUUCGACUGAUCAUUCGUUAUUUAAUGGUAAAAGUCACUGAAAUCCCUUGAUAAAUCAGUUGUGGAUGAUCGGUAAAUAUUCAACCAAAUACUAUGACAAAAUAAGAUAUCAAUGGACUAAAUUAUAGUUAUAAGGACCAAAUGCGAAAUGUAGAUGUAAAGGUUGAUGUAAAAUACAGGAUAUUCGACAUAAUACGUUACAAAUCUGACACAAAUACAAAUAUAACAAAGCGUGUUCAUAAAAACGCUAAUUCCACAAUUAAACGCUGAGAAUAGCAAAGCAAAAAUGGGUCAUAAUUUAUAAUCAUGAGUUAACUACACAAUUUACAGAAGUACAAAAUAUAUGUUUUGUAACUUAUAUGCCAUAGUCAGGAAGAACAGACAGGCGGACAUAGUGAGGGAACAAACUCUUUUAUUAAUUGUAUGUUAAACGAUCCAUGGCUAUCAAAUGCUUUCAAUAUUUCUUAAAAUAGAGAAUAAAUAAGAAUCCCUAAAGAAAGCCCAAAACGGCAAAAUUGAAAAUGUUGCAGGCUCGGUUUGAUUGAGUCUGUUCUUGGACGGCACUGUAAAGUGCAAACUACCGUCCACGCCCCCUAGCAAACGCUUAAGCAAAAUUCAACAUUUAAACAUGAAAUGGUAAAAUUUUGAAUUUAGAAACAUCCGCAGAUGUGUUCAUAUGGCGGUUAUCGGAGACCCAUGUGUAUGAAAGACCUUUGAAGUAUAAUGUAAACUAAAUUUGUAUCACUUUUGUUUAUUAGAUAUUUUUAAAUCCAAAACGAAAAUUGUUGGAAUUAUAUUUAUGUAUUAAUACACCAAAACGUAGUUUUUGAUAUCCA